AUGGCUUCCCAUCUGAUUCGUAAAGAUUAUGAAACUGGCAAAUUUUUUCUGAUCAAUAAUGUGAAUGGGGCAACAUAAGAGAUUACAAAAACAGGGGAUUUUAUUAAAAAGUUUAGCUUGGAUUAUACUGGCAAGUUAGGAUUCAAAAGUAGAAUUCAAUAACCAGAUCCAUGUCAUUACCCUUGUGGAAUUGAAUCAUUAUCUCAGUUUCCCCAAUUCUAUAUUCCUUAGCCAGAUAAAUUUGAUGGUUAUGCUCAAUUGCCUCGUACUUUACAAAAGCCUUUUUAUAAUAAUGAUAGGAGGUAGAGAUCCGAUGCUACAAUUGAGAGUGCUCUGGAAUUGGUGAAAUAACAAUCUUUUAAUAACAAAUACUAAAUAGAUAAACCUAUUAAACAUAUAACAGGAACUCUAAAUGAUUUUAAUUUUGUAUAAAAUUUGAAGAAAAUUAAAAUACUCGAACAUCGUAAAAGUACAAAACAGAGAAAUUUUACCAAUCAUAUCAAUAGCGUCAAAGUGAUAAAUAAAGAAGAAAUCCAGCCUCCAAAUCUCACCUUACUUAGAAGAAGCAGAAUCAAAUCUUAAUUAUUACCUAAAACUCUCCCUUUUUGCAGCAGUAAUUCUAGAGAACCCUCAGAAAUUAGAAAUAUUGUCCCCUUAGAAGAUAGAGAAGUUCAAAGUAUAAAUCAAUUCCAAUAAUACUAAUCUGAACAUAAGGAAAGUGAAAUCAUGUACCAGUCUAGAACCUUUGUUAAAUCACAAAGCCAAUCUAAAGUAACUAGAAAUGAUCUGCAUAAUUCUCAUCUUACAUUAAAUCACUUCAAGGAAAAGGUAGAGGUUGCCCAAAAAGAAGAAAAUGCAUACAUAAUACCAUAAUAAAAGGAAAAGAUUUCAAUCUCUUCAAAAGGAAGGUUUAGUGCGAUUAAGACCAAAAGUAAUGGGGACUAAUAUGUCACAGAUCGAAUUAUAAUGAAAUUAUUUUAGCCAGACCUAUUUAAAUGA